AUGAAAGGCUGGAGAGACAUCUACACCACGGAAAAUAUAAUCGAACAGAUUCCCAGCGCACAGGAGAAGUUAAAAGCUGUGAUAAAAGAGUACGUGGAUUUGUACAAAGAUCAGAAUCCGUCCAUCAUCUGCGUCGGCCACAGCCUCGGCGGCUCCCUCGCCGUAGUCAGCGCUUUUGAUAUAGCGAACAGCGGACUGUCCGAGAUCAACGGCAAUGAUCAUAUUCGGGUAUGCGCUGUGGCGUUCGAUGCCCCCAGAGUCGGGAACCAGGCGUUCAAUGACGCCUUGGAGAAACUACCGAAGACAAAAGUUUUAAGAAUCAACAAUAAUAAGGACAUUGUCGCCUAUUGGCCGCCGUGUGAUGGCUACGUCGACACCGCUCAGUGGCACGCGCUGCAAGUGAUUCUACACACCGUGACCGGAUGGAGGACAGAAUUCGACAACGACUCCGAGCUUGUGAAGGCGAGACUGCCGCUGGUGAACAGGUCAGCGGGGCAUUUGAAGGCUGAGCAUAAAGUGAUCGAGGCUUGGUGGGUAGAGAAAAACAAAGGGAUGGCGUACGAUAAGGAAAAGGACAUAUGGUACGAGAGACCGGUGCCGUGGAACGAAUAG